AGAGUCUGGGAUACAGUCAUACGAGUAUGGAGUUAGCUGGUGUACCUGAUGUUGUUCCCUUUCGAAACACUGGACUUAACUCUUCUGCUGCUGCAACUGGUCUAUCUCUGGCUGAUGACGUCUAUUACUUUAUUGUCUGUGCGGUGAACAAUGCAAGACUACGCAAAUGCAUCAGCUCUGAUGGUGUGCUCAUUGAUUUGAGUCCUCCAAGCUAUGGUGUGGUGUAUGAUGGGAUUAUUGAACCGGAUCUUAAGUAUCAGUUCUCUUUGUCACACAUAGCUGCAAACUGGGAAGGGAUCUGGGACUUGGAUAGCGGUGUUGAGAAAUUCGAAUGGAGUGUUGGAACCACUGUGCAUGACAAAACCAGUGUUCUGAACUAUACCGAUGUUGGUCUUUCAACGCAUGUGAGAAGUCAAACAGCUCUUCGUUUACUGAGUGGAACAAAAUAUUAUGUGCAUUUGAAGGUGACAAAUCAGAUUGGAGCAGUUAGGGAACUUGUUUCAGAUGGUGUCAUUGUAGAUGGAUCUCCACCAAUACCGAGUACAAUUUAUCCUGGAUUUGGUUCUCAAGGUGAGUGGAAAUACAGCAAGCAAGAAAAUGCUUUCUACUCUGCUACUACAUCAAGUGUUGCAGUUUAUUGGAACAGAUUCUCCGAACCUGAGAGUGAAGUUUGGUACUACAAGUGGGCUAUAGGUACAAGCAAAUGUGGUACACAAGUUCAAGCACUCACAAACAUCGGCCGAUCAAACUAUGCCAACACUACAAUGACAGACAUUAUCUUCAAACCUGGUGUAAAAUAUUACAUCACUGUAAUUUCCAGGAACCGAGCUGGUCUUGUCUCAAGAUCAUGCUCUGAUGCAUUAGUCUUUGACAGCACUCCGCCUCUUCCGGGAAAAGUUCACAUUGGACAACCAUCAAGCAGAAAUGAAGGGAAAACAUUUUUAAGCAACAGCAGUGUCUCCAUUUUAUGGGACGAAUUUAAAGAUCCAGCAAGUGGAAUCAAGUGGUGCAAUAUUUCAGUGGUUGACCAGGCUGGGAACAUUUUCUUCUCUGCAAUGGCAAAUACCUCUUCAGGCAAUAUAACGGUUCCGCGCAGUAUUGCAUUUCGUUGUGGUGAAUACAAUGCCAGCGUUGAAUGCGUAAACAAUGCAGGUCUUACUUCUUCAUCAUCUUCAGUAUUUGUCAUCGACAACACACCACCCAUUCAGAAUGGUCCCAUUAUAGCGGGUGUAUCACGUGAUCACUCUUUCCAGUAUCAAUCAGACAUAAGUUCAAUUACUGCAUCAUGGCCCUCAUUUACAGACCUUGAAAGUGGUAUAGAGAAGUACUAUUUUGCCAUUGGUACCAAGCCUUACCAAGACGAUGUCAUAAGGUUUGAAAACAUAGGUUUGGUCACUCGGAUAACCAAGACUGGCCUUAGCCUUUCACAUGGAGAAACGUAUUUCAUUACAAUCAUGGGAAAAAACCUGGCUGGAUUAAACUGCAGUGUUUCCUCACUUGGUGUCAUAAUAGAUACAACUUUGCCCCUUGCUGAGAACGACGAUGUCCAAGAUGGUUUACACAAUAAUGAUGUCGACUACUUUCCCCCAAAUGUUGGACUAUCAGCACAAUGGGUAAAUGUUACAGAUCCUAAAAGUGGCAUUAUGCAUAGCGAAUUCUGCCUGGGGACAAAACCACUAGGCUGUCAGAUCAAACCAAUGACGAGCACUGGGGCCAAAAAAUCUUUUACUUGUCCAGAAUGUACCGUAUAUGAGGGGGAGAGGGUGUAUGUAACAGUCCGUGUGACCAAUGGUGCAGGGCUAUCUAGAACACUCACCUCUGAUGGAAUGCUGUUAGAUGUCAGUCCUCCAGUAAUGGGAGAUGUUACUGAUGGGAGCCACAUAACUGGACUUGACUACAAUGUUGUACUUGAGGACUGGAAUAUUUCUAUGUCUUGGUUUGGUGUGGCGGACACUGAAAGUGGUGUGCGAUCAUGUAGUUGGACCAUUGAAAACAACAGUGGAGUCAUUUUGUUUCAAAAGAAAGUCACUAACAACUCCAUUUACGAAGAAAGAAGUGUUUUCUCAUACAACAAGACGUACAGAGAUCUUCAGUUGAUUAAAAACAUGACUUACUUUAAUGUGUUGAGUUGCUUGAAUACAGCAGAUAUGCAAGCCACUGUCCGGUCUAAUGGCUUUCAGGUGGAAUCUGUUUGGCCUAUUCCAGCUCAUGUUCGAGAUGGCUCAGUGCCAGGGAUAGAUCUUGUUUAUCUCACUAACACGAAAAAGGUUGGUGCCAACUGGAACCCUUUUUUUGCGGACGCCAAGGAUCCUAUUGUAGACUAUGAGAUGGCUAUUGGGGCAGCUGAAGGCCGAGAAGAUGUUCUUCACUUUGUGAGUGUUGGCUUGAAGAGGAGUAUUGAGAAAGACUUGGCCCCAGACAUUCCAGCCUUUGAUGUUUUGGCAAGUGGUAAAAAAUAUUACACAACCAUAAAAGCCACCACCAAAAGUGGUCUAUCGUCGAUGCAACAUUCUGAUGGAUUCAUAGUAGAUCCUAGCCCGCCUCUGAUCGAAGACAGAAGUUUCAGUGUCGCACAAACUUGUCGAUCAAGGAAUGCAAACAAUUGAACUAAGCGUUUCUUGGAA